GGUGAGCAGGGCGGAUUUGGGGAGUGGUGCUCUGUGAAUGACCGGGAUAAAAUCAUCCGCUACUUAUCAUCAGAUUUAAAAACGUUUAAUGUAAACAUUGUGAGGAGAAACUGAAGCGGCAGUCCUGGGUUUCAUAUGAACGGGAUAAAAACAUGCAGUCGGACGAUGCACAGUAUUUGAAACGGAAGGUGAAACCUGGGAAUAUAGACGUGCAUCCCACUGAGAAAGCCUUAGUGGUUCACUAUGAGGUGGAGGCGUCCAUCCUGGGCGAGAGAGGAGAUGCUGUGCAUGAGGAGAGAAAGGAGUGUCAAAAAAUUAUUCGACUGAAGAGUCUUAACGCCGGCACUGAUGUAGCCUUGCUGGCCAGGAAGGUGGUGGAGGAAUGCAAGCUCAUCCACCCCUCCAAAGUGGCCGAGGUGGAGCAUCUGCUCUUCUACCUGCAGAACCGAAAGAAACCCGGCAGUAAAGCUGAGAAAGAAGAGAAGAAGCUCAUGAAACCCAGAGAGCUCACCCCAUUCGAGGGGAUGGAGAUCGAUGAGGAGGCCAACAUUAAUAAGAUAGAGGAGUAUGUGGAGCUGCUGUACGAGAACAUCCCUGAAAAGAUCAGAGGCUCCACCCUCAUCCUGCACCUGGCCCGCAACCCGGACAACCUGGAGGAGCUGCUACAUAACGAAACUGCAUUAGGAGCUCUGGCUCGAGUGUUGAGAGAAGACUGGAAGCAGAGUGUGGAGUUGGCCACCACUAUCGUCUACGUCUUCUUCUGCUUCUCCAGCUUCUCUCAGUUCCACGGGCUGAUCACGCACUAUAAGAUCGGCGCUCUGUGCAUGAACAUCAUUGAACAUGAGCUGAAGAGAUACGAUCUGUGGCAGGAUGAGCUGGACAAGAAGAGCAAGGCUUGUGAUGAUGAUCCUGACAACCUGGCUCUGCGGAAGGACCACGAGAAAGCCUAUAAGAAAUACCAGAGCCUACUGGUCAAGCAGGAGCAGCUUCUGAGAGUUGCUCUGUAUCUGUUGCUGAAUUUGGCCGAGGACACACGGACGGAGCUGAAGAUGAGAAAUAAGAACAUCGUUCACCUGCUGGUGAAGACUCUGGAUCGGGACAACGAGGAGCUGCUGGUGCUGGUGGUCUCCUUCCUGAAAAAGCUCAGCAUAUUCCUGGAGAACAAAAACGACAUGGCGGAGCUGGACACAGUGGAGAAACUGACUCGUCUGGUCCCGUGUGAACACGAGGAUUUACUGAACGUCACUCUGCGCCUCCUCCUUAACCUCUCCUUCGACACGGGACUGCGCAACAAGAUGGUGCAAGUGGGGCUCCUCCCGAAGCUCACCGCUCUGCUGGGCAGUGAGAGUCAUAAGCAGAUUGUGAUGUGUAUCCUGUACCACAUCAGCAUCGACGACCGCUCCAAGUCCAUGUUUGCCUACACGGACUGCAUCCCUCAGCUGAUGAAGAUGGUGUUUGAACACGGAGAGGAGAGAAUCGACUCUGAGCUGAUCUCCUUUUGCAUCAACCUGGCGGCUAACAAGAGGAACGCCCACAUUAUCUGUGAAGGAAAUGGUCUGAAGAUGCUGAUGAAGAGAGCUCUGAAGUUUAAGGACCCUCUGUUGAUGAAGAUGAUUAGAAACAUCUCGCAGCACGAUGGUCCACUCAAACAGCUUUUCCUGGAUUAUGUGGGUGACCUAGCGGCUCAGAUUGGUCCAGACGAGGACGAGGAGUUUGUGAUCGAAUGUUUGGGGACGCUGGCUAAUCUCACCAUCCCUGACCUGGACUGGGAGCUGUUACUGAGAGAAUAUAACCUCGUGCCAUACCUCAAAGACCACCUCAAACCAGGGUCAGCGGAGGAUGACCUGAUCUUGGAGGUUGUUAUAAUGAUCGGCACUGUGUCAAUGGAUGACUCCUGUGCUGUUAUGCUGGCCAAAUCUGGAAUCAUUCCUGCCCUCAUAGAACUUCUGAACGCCCAACAGGAGGAUGACGAGUUUGUGUGCCAGAUCGUCUAUGUUUUCUACCAGAUGGUUUUCCAUCAGGCCACCAGAGAUGUCAUCAUUAAAGACACCCAGGCUCCUGCUUACCUCAUCGACCUCAUGCAUGACAAGAACACCGAAAUCAGGAAAGUAUGCGACAACACGCUGGACAUUAUUGCAGAGUAUGAUGAAGAGUGGGGACGUAAGAUUCAGAGUGAAAAGUUCCGCUGGCACAACUCUCAGUGGCUGGAGAUGGUGGAGAGCCGGCAGAUGGACGAGGCUGAACCCUAUCUCUAUGGAGAUGACCCCGAUGGCCUAGAGCAAGCUGACCUCUUCUACAGUACUGAUGGGAUGCCUCCUGAAGCUGGCCUGAGCCCGGACCCCUACAGUCAGUUCCACUCUCAGAACGGAGACUUUAACGGCUGCAACGGGUCAAACGGGCGUCCCGCCACUGCCUACGGCUUCCGGCCGGACGAACACUUCUUCCACGGGGUUUCCUAAAGCUUCCCAAAGCGUCCUGACCAGUCCACCUCCUUCAGCUUUGGUCAGUGAUCAGGAACACAUUCGAGCUUUCUGCACCAGGAGUCCAGAUUAAAACAUCCUCCAGACUCUGGAGUGGACUGAGAUCCAGAUUGGCUGAUACGGCUCUCUAGUUUCACAGAUUGGCUUUAAUCUGGAGACCAGCCGUAGGUGAGCGUCCACUAAACUGGACCGUGGUCACACACAGGGUAGAAUGACACACUGCAUGUUCAUAUGACUGAAUGAAGCUGUGGAGAGGAAUGCUUCUCAGCUUCUUUUUUGAAAUGGUUAGUUUUAUUUUCAGCAUAGUCUUAACUUAUUUAUUAUAUUUAUACACAUUUUUAUAGGUUCAUUUUAGGUAGUUUUAGGUUAAUGACAGCACUUUAAUAAUAAACUUUGCAUAAACACUUGAACUGAACUACUCAAAUCACAACUUCUGAUUUUUUUAGUUUUGCUGAUUGAGAUGCACAUACUUGAAUAUGUCAAAGGGGAAUACCACUGAAAUUUCAAAAUUUCUGCAUAAUUAAAUGGUUAAGAUGUAACCAAACUCAUUUCAAGUGUGAAAUGCUCGUUCUAGAGAAACUUACAGAGUCAGAAUUGUUCGGUAUACGUUGGGGGUGAUGGGAACCAGACGUCUGAAGAGCUUAAUUCAUCUUAAAGUUACAUUAAAUUCAAUUAAAUAGUUAUGAAUACUCUGCCUGAUGUCGAAGACAUAGGGUGUGUCUCAAAACCUAGUGAGCUCUACAUAGACAGCAUUUUACGUCACAAUAUGCGCUCCCGACAAGAAGGCUGUCCCAAUUCUUAGAUAUCUCAAAUAUGCUGCCUACUGAGGUCUCUCAUUUUGGCCCAAUAUCGAGAGAGCAUCGGAUGUUUCCUCAGCCACUGAGGCAAUCCUGAGAUGCAGCGCGGCGCAACUUUUGUUUGAAGAUGGCGGGCAGAAGCGCUUCACCAAGCAGCGACGUCAUCUUCAAAUGUAAGUUAUUCUGAUUUUCUGUUUAUUUAUCUUUUUCUAGUCACAAAGGUGCACAAAUAGCCUAUACUUUCCCGCGUUUGACCACAACUAUUGUCUAUUUUGCUGUUUCAUUCAGAGCAAAUACAAUUAAAAUCGCUGUAUAAACCGCCAGAGCAGAUCCAUGUUGGCUAAAUGUGAUUCUGACAGCUGAGGUCAGUAAACGCCGGUCUCGUGCAGUGGGCGCGAACAAGCGGCGACGUCACUGCUGUCUAACUAGAGCAUCUCAUAAGGACAGAUGACGGUUGGAACGCUGCCUACUUAGACAGCUGCCUAGGUGGACAGCGGCUACUUAGAAAGCUCACUAGGUUUUGAGACACACCCAUAGUUUUA